CGUAACUACCGGUGGACACUCCCUCGCCCGGCCCGCGCGCUGCGCCUUUAAGGUCUACUGGGGGCGUGAUGUCAGCUGCCCGCGGGCACUUGGAGCGCGAGCCCGGCGGCCCGCGCGCUUCGGCGAUUCCGAGCCAUUCCGAACCCGUUGUGGAGAAGGACCUGCCUGCCGGUAGCUCCGCGUCCCUGACUUCGCCCGUCCGGCGCGCUCGCCCGUGGGCCAUGACCAGCAGACCCUGAACGGGCACCGACCCGGCUCCGGGAACGCGAGGCUCCGCGGCCCCGGCCAUGGGCAACUUCCAGCUGGAAGACUUUGUGGCGGGCUGGAUCGGAGGUGCAGCGAGCGUCAUCGUCGGCCACCCUCUGGACACAGUCAAGGCUCGCCUGCAGGCCGGCACUGGCUACGGGAGCACCCUUAGCUGCAUCCGCACUGUGUACAGGAGGGAGAGUGUGUUUGGCUUCUUCAAGGGCAUGGCCUUCCCCCUCACCAGCAUCGCUGUCUACAACUCAGUGGUGUUUGGGGUCUUCAGCAACACACAGAGGUUCCUCAGCCACCACCGGUGCCAGGAGCCCGAGGCCGGCUCACCCCGCGUGCUGUCUGACCUGCUCCUGGCCAGCAUGGUGGCUGGCGUGGUCUCUGUGGGGCUGGGUGCGCCCGUGGACCUCAUCAAGAUCCGGCUGCAGAUGCAAACAGAGCCAUUUCGGGAAGCCAACCUCGGUUUGAAGCCCAGGGUGGCAGCUCUUGGGGAGCAGCCAGCCUACCAGGGGCCUGUGCAUUGCAUCAUAACCAUCGUGCGGACUGAAGGCCUGGCAGGGCUGUACCGGGGCGCCAGUGCCAUGCUGCUGCGGGACGUCCCGGGCUACUGCCUCUACUUCAUCCCUUAUCUGUUCCUGAGUGACUGGAUCACGCCCGAGGCCCACACAGGCCCCAGCCCCUGUGCUGUGUGGCUGGCGGGAGGCAUGGCAGGAGCAAUUUCUUGGGGGACAGCAACUCCUAUGGAUGUCGUGAAGAGUCGACUGCAAGCUGACGGGGUUUAUAUAAACAAAUACAAAGGUGUCCUGGACUGUAUCUCCCAGAGUUACCAGAAGGAAGGUCUUAAAGUGUUUUUCAGAGGCAUCACGGUCAAUGCCGUGCGGGGCUUCCCCAUGAGUGCGGCCAUGUUCCUUGGGUACGAGCUCUCGCUGCAGGCGAUCCGCGGGGACCACGUGGCGACCAGCCCCUGAGCGCAAGAGCCAGCAUCACCUGACCAGGGCCUCAUUCUGCUACAGCUGAUACUGAUGGCGGCAUCUCUAGAACCUGCGGUAGCGAAUUUACUGAAGAGAAAGAACGCCUCCCCGCCGACCCUCAGCCAACCGGUCUCACCUCCGGAAUCCCUGCUUUCCCAGUUGCAAGCACUCUUCCUCACCUCUGGGCUGGGGCUGCUGAGCUGCUGCCUUGGAAGGACCUUUGAUUCAUGACCAUCUAUUGCAGAUCCUCACUGACACCUGAUAUCAAGCAGGAUCAAAUGGACCCUGCCCCCAAGACUGCUGUAAACUCACUGGGAAUUCACAGAGGAGCUGGAGUUGUCUCGAAGCUCCCAAAUAAAAACAUUUCUGUAUCAGAUGCUUCCGCCUGGCUUCCAAGAGACUGACCACCCUCAUUCUUCCCUCUGCUUAGACCCCUGUGGAUGUCACCGGCCCAGAGGGGCGCCCGCUCGACACAGGUGAGGAGAGGAACUCAGAUGGCGAGCUCGCUUCUUUUUCCCCAGCUGCCUCAGGUGGGCAGGGCGGCGGGGAAGCCUUGUAGCAGGUUUCUCUUCCCCGGACAGUGACAUGCGCGGCUGCAACAUCUCCGGGAUGGCGGCGUUGAGCGCAGGUCGGGUGGGCGUUCUCUGGGCCUUAUUUUCACAUGGAGGACAAAACAGAACAAAAUGAGCUCUUUGUCUGCAGUCUGAUUUCCAUUAUGAUGUCAUUAAUCUAAAUUUUACUUCUCCCUGGGACCAGUGGGGAGGCCACUGCUCUUUUGCUGUUAUGUGUCCAUGAUGUCACUGCCACUUCCACGCCCCCAAGAGCGUCCCUAAUCAGUCAUACAGCCCCUUCCUCGUGAGCUGAAUGCAGCUCCCGAAUCCUCCUCAACACAGGGCCCUGGGAAGCCGCCACCAGCCAGCGUGAUGCAUCUAUUCCUGGCUUAAAUCCUGGUGGGGAAAAUAUCCUUAGAUUUCCCCCCCCCACCACCCCUUUUUUCCCCCUUGAAAGGGUCUUCCUUGAUUUUUCCACUGUCUCCCAUCCCCCUUGAGUGAUUUGGAGAAUGUCUCUGAAAAUCCCCUCCCCCAGCAGACCCAGCACCAACACAAAGCAUGGCUCUGGCACCGAGUUGAAAGUGUUCAGUCUCCUCAGCUUAUGCUGUUACUGUAGCAAAGGGUUCCCUGCUUGAAAUAAAACCCUCAGUGUGGUCUC